AUGGCUGCAAAUCAUUGGUACAGUUGUGAUCCGUUAUGUUUACUUGUAAGCACUGGUAUAUCGAAGCAUCAAAGUGCCGAUAAAGACGAUGUCUAUCGAAAUGUUGGCCAAACUCGUAACUUCACGGGAAAGGUAGUACUGGUAACCGGCUCGACAUCGGGUAUCGGUGAAGGUAUAGUCAAAUUGUUUUCGCAUUUUGGUGCACACGUAGUCAUCACCGGUCGGAAUGCUACUGAACUAAAACGCGUGACCACUGAGACACAGGCACUAUCACCCCUUAAACUACAGCCGUUAGCCGUGUUGGCCGAUGUGACUAAAAGCAAUGAUUUAUCGGGACUUUUGAAUGAAACAAUAAAACAAUUUGGAAAACUUGAUGUUUUAGUCAACAAUGCCGGUGCCGGUACUUAUACCAGUGCCAGGGCUCCAGAUUUUAUGAAAGUAUUCGAUAGAGCAAUACUGUUGAAUCUGAGAUCGUAUGCAGAGCUCAGUCAUUUAGCAAUACCUUAUUUAGAUGCAACUAAUGGUACAAUUAUUAGCAUUUCCAGUAUUUCAUCAAUGGUUCCCGUAAAUUGA